AAGCUUGUCAUGGCGAUGUCUGGCGCUCCCCAAUGACCAAGUCAUGUCGUUUUUAUGCUACCACCUCAGACAGAAGUGUACCAAAGAAGAUAACGUGUCUCUUUUGCUGUCAGUGUUAAGAAACAUAACAGAUGUUUCUUGUUUUUUGAUUGUAAGAAAAUGUUGAGAUAUCCGUCCGAACAUUGGCGUCUUCUUUGGCGCAGUACCACCGGCUUGCAAUCACCGGCAGAGGGCGCUACUGCGUUCUUCUUCCACUGCAGGAGAUGCUAGGGCUGGACGAUACCGCUCAAUUUGGCAUCGAUCCGAUCACAAUUUCACGCAGGGUCAGCGCACUGGCAUACUGAUACCGAUACUUUUUCGUUGAUUUUUUUUCAACCUCAUUUAAUGAUUUUAUGAUUUUGUUUUUAAUUUGUUGAUAAUGAUUAUAUUCAUAAUAAAAACUACCUCCCCCACCUAAAGUCAGCUGGGAUAGGCUCCCGCUACACUAGUGAGGACAAACAGAAUAGAAAAUUAAUGAAUGAAUAAACACAAUAAUGUAAGACAAUGUAACAAUAUCAAUAAAAUAAUAAGUUCAACUCCACUGCAACUGCUGCGAUACUGCACAUUUUGAUAUCGAUCCGAUACAAGGCCAGUGUACUGGCUGUAUAUUUUCCAUCAUCAAGCUUAUUUAUGAUUUGACGAUAUAUAAACACAACAAUAUAAGACAAUUUAAUCAUGAUUGUCUUUUAUUGCAUUUAACUGUGUGUGCAAAAUACCGUCAAUAAUGCAAAAUGAGUAAACAAAAACUACUGUUGGCUCUCACUGAAAUUCUUAGGCUUAUUUUCUGAGUUUGUAAGCAAUAUAAUCAUAAAUAAAUGCAGCUAUAUCAUCAACAAAAGCCACAUAUUUUGUGAGAAUAAGCAUAGUACGCAUAGAGGGAAACAUACACAUGAGAGUUAUUAUCACUAAGCAUCCAGGUCGAAACCUAAAGCUGCUAAAACAUUUCAACAAUGGACUUAAGGAUGUAUUUCUAGAUGAGUUUUUUUUUUUUCUUCUGACAAACAGAAUCCAAUUUAGGCGUACUGCUGUGUUGUGUUGCUUUGUCUUGUUUCCCUGUGACUUGCCCCCCCACUGUUAAAGGAUUAAUUUGCAGGUAAUUCCACUUUAAUUCAACUUGCAGGCUCGCAAAUCCUCAGCGACACACCAGCAUGUAAUACAGGGGUGUCCAAAAUGUGGCACAGGGACCAUGUUCAGCCUGCAGCUUCUUUUUUAUUGGUCCUCUGCAUACUCUUGAUUAUGAGUAAGGUAUGUUUUUAGAUAUUAUGCUAAUUAGCUUUGUCAGCUGUGACACAGCUAAGAUGUGGAUGUUUUGUUCAGACAAUUUAGCAUAUAAUGACCUAGACUGGAUCGCUUUUAGCGUUAUUAAUAUACAAAAUGUAUUAAUAAAUAAUAAUAAUAAUUCCGAACCUGGUCUUUGCAAAGAAAAUGCACAGUUUUGGGUUGUGGUAUAUUGUGUGUUAAUGUUAACACUAGGGGUGUCACAAGACAGAUGAGACGAUACUCGAGAUUGGGGCUACAAGAACAAGACGAGAUGAAAUUUUAACAUUACUUUUAAGAAAAGUACAACGAAAAAGUCUAAAAUACUGUAUAUGACAAUUUAUUGAACCCUCUUGUCAUGCAGCCUGUGUGGCACAGAGAGACGAGCAUGAGACACAAGACGAUGAAACACACAAACGUGCACAUAACAAUUUAUCGAGGGCGUCAUAAUUAUCUAUCAACUUGUUUGUUUUUUUUAUCGUUCGAUUAAUGGAUUUAGCAAUUAUUGUGACAGGCGUAGCUGCAACUAACGUGUAUUUUAAUAACCGAUUAAUCGGUCAGUUAUUUUUUCGAUUAAUCGAUGAAUCAGAUUAAUUUCUGCCUCUUUAUUCAGAAAUAGAAGAUUUGAAUUGUCAGAGCAAAUACAAAACACCACUUUGCCGCUUGAAUAUUCUGUUAAAAUAAUGUUCAAUAAUAAACAAUCUCCCCGCCGCUCGCCCGAAGUCAGCUGGGAUAGGCUCCAGCAUACCCCCGCAACCCUAAUUAGGAUAAACUGCAUAGAAAAUGGAUGGAUGGGAAAAAAAAACUUUAAGUGUCAAAUAGUUGCAGUAAAACAAUAAAUGUACACAAAAAUACAAUCAUCAUCAUUUUCUCAGUCGAUUAAUCCGAAACCUUUUUGUUUCAAUUAAUGAAGUAAUAGAUUAGGCUACAGAUGGACCAAAUUAAUAGGAAGCAAACACCUACAGUUAGUGGUUGGUUCUGCAACAUAUCAGAAAAGAGGCAAAAAUGCCCAUCACUGUUUAGUUAAAGUUAAAGCUGAUAUGUCUGAAUGUCUUGAUUUGGUUAAAACACAAAGGUAAUAGGUCUGCUUGCAUGGAUGACUAAGGAAACAAUUUUCACAUUUGAGAGGCAGAAAUCAAUGGAUAUUUACAUUUUUAAAUCAAAAAACGAUUAAUUGAUUAUCAACAUAGUUGUUGAUUAAUUGGGUAAUCGAUUAACCAUUAAUUAAUUGUUGCAGCUCUGCUAAGGAUCUUGCAAUAGUGUGUCUGGAUCUCGCAAAACUUUCUGGGAGUCUCCCAAAACUUUCUCCAGAUCUCGCAAAAGUUUCACAGCAUCUCGCAAAAGUUUCUCAUGCUCUUCCAAUGCUUUCUCAGGAUCUCUCAAAACUUUUUCGGAAUCUUACAAGAGUAUCUCGGGAUCUUGCACAACCUUCAGUCUUGCAAUUGUUUUUCAGGAUCCAGCAAAACUUUUUCAGUCUUGCAAAACUUUCUUGGGAUCUCGCAAAACUUUCGUGGGAUCUUGCAAUAGUUUCUCAGGCUCUCGCAAAGCUUUCGUGGGAUCUCUGAAAAUGUUUUCAGUCUUGAAAGAGUUCCUCAGAAUCUUGCAAUAGUGUCUCAGGAUCCCGCAAAGCUUUCUUGGGAUCUCACAAAGCUUUCUCGGGAUCUUGCAAAACUUUCUCAGGAUCUCCGGAAAGUUUUCUCAGGAUCUCGCAAAACUUUCUCAGGAUCUCGCAAAACUUUCUUGAUAUUUCAGAAAACCUCAGGAUCUCACAAAACUUUCUCGGGAUCUUGCAAUAGUUUCUCAGGAUCUCGAAAAACUUUCAUGGAAUUUUGCAGUAGUUUCUCAGGAUCUUGUAAAGCUUUCUCGGGAUCUCACAAAAGUUUCUCGGGAUCUUGCAAAACUUUCUCAAGAUCUCUGAAAGUUUUCUCAGGAUCUCGCAAAACUUUCUUGAUAUUUCAGAAAACCUCAGUAUCUCGCAAAACUUUCUCGGGAUCUCUGAAAACUUUCUUGGGAUGUUGCAAUAGUUUCUCGGGAUCUUGCAAAACUUCCUCGAAAUCUCACAAAACUUUUGCGGGAUUUGGCAAAACCUUCUUGAGAUCUCAUAAUGGACCCAAUUGAUCAUCGACCCAAGAACAAGGGAAAAGGAGCCGCAUAGACCCCUGUUUAUUGAUGAGACUGAGGUGGAGAGGGUGAAAACCUUCAAGUUCCUUGGCACACACAUCAGCGAGGACCUCACCUGGUCUCACAACACCCAACAAAUUCUGAAGAAGUCCCAAAGGAGACUGUACUUCCUGAGGAGACUGAGAAAAUUUGACAUGUCCACCACAAUCCUGAGUUGCUUCUACAGAUGCACUAUCGAAAGUGUCCUUACCGCCUCCAUCACUGUUUGGUACGGUAACUGUACAACACGUGAUAGGAAGGCACUCCAGCGGGUGAUCAAGACCUCACAGAACAUUGUUGGGGCAGCCCUCCCCUCACUGCAAGACAUUUAUAAAUCUAGAGUCCUACGCAGAACACACAACCUCGUCAAGGACAGCACACAUCCACAACACUCAUUAUUCACACUCCUACCGUCAGGCAGACGCUACAGGAGUUUGAAGUCCAGGACCACAAGGCUGGCAAACAGCUUUUACCCACAGGCCAUCAGGCUUCUCAACGAAGCACUCGCACACACCGCACGCAACACACGCACACACUCAUAGCACUUUAUUUAUUUAUUUAUUUAUUUAUUUAUUUGUAUUAUUUACUUGUAUUAAUGUCUCUUCUGUUGUUGUUGCUUAAUUUAUUGGUAUAUAUGUUUAUGUGUUUAUGUUUCUUAUGUUCUUAUUCUUUCUUGUGUUUUCUUUCUUUUCUUGGGAGAAUGAACAGAAUAAGAUUUUCAUUGCAUAGUAUAACUGCUGUUUUACUAUGCACAUGACAAUAAAACUCUCUUGAAUCUUGAAUCUCUUGAAUAAUAGUUUGUCAGGAUUUUGCUUUUUUUCUGUGUCUCUCAUCAUUUUUUUUUUUUUUUUUAAAUUUCACUAUGUCCCCUCCAGGGCACCGUAGUGAAAUGUUUGGAUACCGCUGCCCUAAAUGUUUCAAUAUUUCUGUGUUUUUGAAAUAUCUAAAUUGUUAAAACUGCACUAAACAUGAGUAACGACAGCUGUCCGUGUGAAGCAGUGCAGAUGUACAGCUCUGCAAACGACAACUGCAGUAUUAAACAUGAACAAUAGCUGUUAUUCAGGGGUGUCCAAAUGUGUUCCAGCAAGGACGUAUACAGAAACAUGGAAGGAUGGGGAUGUUAUAGCAUGCUACACGUGAAGCAAAUUUGUAAAACAUUGACCAACAUAUCUUUAUCAGCUCCAAAUUACACUUUUUAAAAAAUAUAUAUAUAUAUAAGAAGAACCCCACCGCCCAGCAUAUCUUACCAAUAGUGGCUUGAAAGAUGACACAUAGUGCCUGCAAUAAUUCAGUGAUUUUAGUUUGUGAGCUGUUAGGCACACAAAUUGAAUGAUACAGAGCAUACCGGACGCUUUUUGUUAUGGAAUACUUUCCAAUACGCUUCUGCAUGGUAGGCAAUGUGCCUGUAAGUAAUGUGCAACUACAGUACAAUGAUAAAAUACCCGUGUGGACUGAGAAAUGCGCUAUUCUAGACAGCAGUGUUGUUUCAUUAGGACAAAAAAUGAUGUCUAUCUUGGUCAGCCACCGACUAACUAAAUACACGUGUGAUUUUUCCGUCUGUUUUCAUUCAUUUGUGAAUACAAAAAUGAGGUUUUGGUGUUUGAUACGGUUCUACACACCAGGAUGCGUCCAGGCAUCAUGCCGUGUAUUAAAUGUCUUCUCCCAGAACAUUCUUACGUUUAUUAAUCAGGUAUGUUUUUAUUGUGUUCGUAUAAUGAAAAUAUGUGACUUAUUUCAGCUUGUGUAGCUUUAGUUUGUGUCCGUGUUGGUGUGAACAUUGCCCCCUCCUUCUGGCUUUUGUUUUUACAGUAUGCCGAGGGCCAAUAAAAAACGAGCUGCUGGGCCAAAAAUGGCUCCUGGGUCAUAUUACUUGCCAGUGUCAAUGAAACGAGUGAAUUUCUUUGACUUUGAGUGUAAUCGAUGCUUUUGGUGUUUUCAGAGUCCACUCUCAUGGCGGGAAACCUUUCAUUGUGGUUUUCCACAUCUGUGUAUCCGCCACACAACACGUCCACCUUCUCUUCCUCGCCGCCAUGGGAAGCCCCUGCCUUCACUGUCGCCGCCCGCUGCCGCGUAGCAGCUACGCUGGUGCUUUUUGUCUUUGCCGCCAUCAGCAACCUGUCGGUCCUCAUCAGUGUGUGCUGGGGGCGGGGCUAUCGCCUGGCAGCGCACCUGCGCCCGCUCAUUGCCAGCUUGGCAUCGGCGGAUCUGGUGAUGACUUUUGUGGUCAUGCCACUGGACGCCAUUUGGAAUAUUACGGUGCAGUGGUACGCCGGGGAUGUCAUGUGUAAGCUGUUGUGCUUCCUCAAGCUCUUUGCCAUGCAUUCAGCUGCAUUCAUACUCGUCGUGGUGAGCCUCGAUCGAUACCGCGCCAUUCUUCAUCCUCUGGAUUCCCUGGACGCUGGGCUCAGGAACAAACGCAUGCUGCUUGUGGCCUGGACGCUCAGUCUGCUGCUGGCAUCUCCACAGCUGUUUAUCUUUCGGGCCGUUAAUGCAGACGGAGCCGACUUCACUCAGUGUGCGACCCACGGAAGUUUCCAGCAGCGCUGGCAGGAGACGGCAUACAACAUGUUUCAUUUUGUGACUCUGUAUGUCUUCCCUCUGCUUGUCAUGACCUUCUGCUACACCCGCAUCCUCACCAAGAUCACUGGCCAGAUGCACAAAAGCAAAGAUGGCGAGCGAUGCCUGAGACGCAGCGGGAAAGACAAGAUUCCCAAAGCACGCAUGAAGACCCUCAAGAUGACCAUAGUGAUUGUUAGCUCCUUCGUGAUCUGUUGGACCCCCUACUACAUUCUGGGGAUCUGGUACUGGUUCCAACCAAGCAUGAUCAAGCACACCCCUGAGUACGUGCACCACAUACUGUUUGUCUUUGGCAACCUGAACACCUGCUGUGACCCCAUCAUCUACGGCUUCUACACAACCUCCUUCCGGGCUGACCUGGCUGACGUGGUCGCGUACUGCUGCCACGGCCGCGUCAGCAACAGCUCGCCGCGCUCCGUGGAUCGUCUGUCCACUCGAACUGGUGGAGCUGCUGGCGAGAUGGAGUCUGAUUUGAGCUCCAACCCACACAGUGGAAACCCGGCAUGAACCAUCUGGUCAUGUCAGCGGUGGAAGACUCAUGGAAAUACUGUGAGUAUACAAGAAGAUUGGAGAAUGUCUUUUCCACCGUUUCAGGGCAGUCCUUUUAUCAACGUCAAUACUAUGAAUAUUAAUAUGCUGCAACAUUUAUACUCUUCCAAAUGAAUGUACAGUGUACAUGAUGUCAAUCAAAGUGUUUGAACUCCUGCUUCUUACAUGGACACUUUGGAAUGUAUCAAUGGCCCAUUCUUCCGAUGCCCCUUCAUAAUGAGGGCCUGACUUCCAUCUUUGUUAUCCCAAAGGUCAUAUACAGGAUAGGGAUGGAGAUCAGGCUUCUGUGGAAGUACAGUAGAGCCCUGCUUUUCAAGGGGGUGCAAAACCGCGAGUAAUUGAUACGCCCAUAAAAAUAUCAAUUUCUAACUAUGGUGCAUUCAAGGACCGCCAGAGGAAGUGUGAACUCUUAAGGCUUGAUGAAAACGCAUUACGAGUGAAGCAUUAAGACAUUUAAGCAGUUCUCUCCCUGUGUGAUUGCUGUUCAUUACUUUUAUGGACAGAAUUUUUAGGCGCUGCCAGGGUAUUGAGGGGAUCUGGUUUGGUAGCUGCAGGAUUGGGUUAUAUUUCAGUACCUUGGGGUCUUGUUCAGGAACGAGGGAAGGAUGGAAUGCGAGCUAGACAGGUGGAUGGUGCAGCGUCUGUAAUGAUGUGGACUCUGCAUCAGUCCGUCAUGGUGAAGAGGAAGCUGAGCCAAAUGACAAAGUGCUCAGUUUACCAGUUCCUACCCUCACCUAUAGUCAUGAGCUUGAGGACAAGGUCGAAUGUACAAGUGGCUGAAAUGAGUUUUCUCCGUUGGGUGGCUCUGGUCCCCCUUGGAGAUAAGGUGAGAUGCACUGGCAUCCGGGAGAAACUCUUGGGUAGAAGCGCUGCUCCUCCGCAUUGAGAGUCGUCAGCUGAGGUGGCUCUGGCUUCUGGUCAGUAUGCCUCCUGGGCGCUUCCCUGGGGAGGGGUUCAGGGCAUGUCCGACCGGUAGGAGGCCUCGGGGAAACAGAGGAUACUGUAUGUUGGAGAUGCUACAGAUAAAUCUCUCCACUGGCAUGGGAAUGCCUUGGGAUCUGCCGGGAGGAGCUGGAUGAUGUAGCCAGGGAGAGGGAAGUCCGGGCUUCUCUGCUUAAGCUGCUGCCCCCAGACGUUUUUUUAUUUUUUUAACAAAAAAAUCCUUAAAUUUGUGGGGUUUGAAUGCAAAUGGCCGGGCAUCCACUGUACUUCCACACCACAGUCUAACCCUCUAACGGCAACCCAACCUCUAACCCUAACCCUCUAACCUUGAAGGGACUGUAUGCAAUGGAUUCCUGCAGCUGCUUAGGGGGCGCCAACAUUGGCACAAACAGCACUGCCAACAUUACAUCCUGCACACUUCCUACUUUCAGUAAAUAAGCUGCUUACUGCUUGUAUGUUAAUAAUAGCGAUGUGGCUAAGUUUAGCUACUAAUGUUAGCUAUCACUAAAUGUAUCGCCUUUUGUAAAAACAGCAUGACGGCAAAUUGUAGAUUGCUUUUCUGGAACUGCUUUUGUGUGUGUGCAUGCGCCACCAGCAUGUACGGGCACGCACAUACGUACAAGACAACCAGCCAUGAACCCCAGUCGUCUUAUUCGGGCUGAACGACAACGUCUAUGCAGUUUAAUUGGUAAUUUGGACAUUAUUUUGUUCCAUCUGUUCUUUGGAACCACAGUAUGCUGUGUAUGGUAACAUACACUAGCCAGUGGUGGAUAUUUUUGGUUGAUAAAAAUUUCGUCUUCAGCCAGUUGCAAUCAGUCCCUUUAACUCUAAACCCUACCUCUAAUGCUAAACCCAACCCUAAUUCACUAUCCCUAACCCUACCACUAGCCCUAACCACCCCCAAAACAGAACUCUAACCUGCCGAAGUAUAACCCCAACCUUAACCCCAACCAUACAUACCCAGUGGUUUAAAAAAAACAAACCCAUGAAAAUCUCCUUGUCAUUUUCCUCAUUUGCCAAUGUCCAAACUUUUUCUAAGGAAAACUGAAGUGCGUGGGCCACUUUAUUGAUAUUUAUGUCUCACCUUUGUUGAUGAUCAGCAACACCAAGCCCAAUCCAGUGUAGGUCGAUUUGGUAUAGUUCCAGAAAGAACAUCUCAGCUUUCAUCCAGCCGUCCAUUUUCUAUAGCAUUUGACUUUGGGUGAGAGGUCCCCAGCCAAUCACAGGACGCAUAAACAAACAAGCAUUGACACCUACGGACAAUUUUGACCAUAUAAUUAACAUAACAUGCAUGUUUUGGGGACGUGGGAGGAAACCGGAGUACUUUAAGUAUUAGUAUUAGUAUUAGUGGUUCAUUUGUUAUUAGUAAAUGGCCCCAGCGCCAGACUUCGAGGGUGUCCCAUGUGCGGCCCAUGACAUUGUAAAAAUAUAAUUUAACAGGAAAAGUAAAAGAAAAAAAAAACAACAGCAGAAAAAAAGUGGAAAAAUCAUCAGUCAUAAAGUAAAAAUAUUACGAAAAAAAUGGAGUCUAACAAGAAUGUCAUAAUAUUACAAUAACAAUGUAAUAUUAGGAGAAAAAUGAUUUUAGUAUGAGAAACAAUAGAAUAAAGUUGUAAUUCUUGGAAAAUUAGGUGGUGGAAAAAGUUAAAAUAUUAUGAGAAUAAAGUCAUAAUUACGAGAAAAAAGUGUACAAGAAGAAAGUUUAAAUAGUAGGUAAAUUUAAAAAAACAACAACAGCGGGAAAUGGAGAAUGUAGAGCUGUAAUUUGAUGAGAAUGAUGUCAAAAUAUUGAAUUGAAUUCAUAAAAGUCUAAUGAGGAAAAAGUUGCAAUUUUACAAGAAUAAACUCUUAAUAUCAUGUGGCAAAAUGUCAUUUUAGUAACAAAGAGGUGAAAUUUUAAAGAAAAACUACGCAAUUUCUUGAAAGUCGUAGUAUGAGAAACACGGUUUUUAGAAAAUGAAGUUGAGGAAAAAAGUUCUAAUAUUAUGGGAAUAAUGUCAAAAUAUUGUAGGAAAAGUUCCAUUAGCAAAAGACAAUUUACAAAAAUUUGUUAAGAAAGUUGAAAUAUUUAAAAAAAAAAAAGCAACAAAAUGUGGAAAAAAAGAGCAAAGUAUUGAAAAAUCGUAUUUAUUCGCAUUUUACAUAGGUAAAUAUUGCAGUAGUGUUGCCCAAUUAAACACAUUUUUUAUCAGUAUUACCUAAAAAGUACUGCAUUGUUUUGCCAUCCUGAUCCAAUGAAGCACAGCAACGAUGUAAAAGACCUUAACUCUCCUCACAAUGAAAUACUUUUCUUGCAAACACAGUGUUCCCUCGUUUAUCGCGGGGGAUAGGUUCCCAAAAGAGCCCGCAAUAAGUGAAAUCUGCGAAAUAACCAAGUAUAUUUUUGUACAAUUAUUAUGUUUUAAGGCUGUUAAACCCCUUCAGCAUACACUUUAUACACUUACCUCAGAGAGGCAUUAACAUUUUCUCACAUUUCUCUCUUGUUUAAACACGUUUGAAUUUUAAUGAUGAACUUACGAGAUUGGACACAAAAAAUUAAGUGACUCACACGUAUUUCCUCCUAUCGUGGCCAGUCUUAGCGUUUUUGUAUCCUUGUUAAAACAUAUUCUUCCUCGUCAGCCUCCAUGAACCGAAGAUUCAUUUACAGUAUUCCAGGCGCCCUUCCGCCGCGUAACCCUCAUUCAGCAACAGGAAACUGGCAGUCCUGCAUGGAGGAGAUUGAUCAACAAUGGCCCACAGCCAAUCAGAAUGCAGAACACAAUGGGCGGGUUCUCCCUGAGCCAAUCAGGACUGUUGGGGCUCUAUAUUUGCUGAGACAAACCGGACAUGUCUGGACACGUCUUCAACAUGACUAUACAACACCCUGUACUGUAGCAGUAGUAAAUACAAUAACAGACACAUACAGAAGAGCACAGAUACUGUAGAUCACUCUAAUACACCACAAGGACGCAGAACACAAUGCGCGUUCAUGCGCUGUUAUGCAAAAUUGCACUUAUAAAAAUCACCGUACAUGACUUGAGUAUUUGGAGUCGGUUGUACCGGAUAGUCGUGUGUUUUCCAGUAAGUAAAAGACUUGCAGCACAAAUUCAUGACACAUAUGUCAUAUUCCGUAUGAUUUUUGUUUUUUUAUUAAAACGCAGACGCUGGACAGUUUCUAUAGCCUUGCAUGAUUGUGAAAACCUGAAUCGUGGCACGUGACGUGUAAAGUGUGAAACGUUCUAUACGUUCUAAAACCAAGCUGUUGUUUGGUGGGCAUAUACUGUACAUGUAUUUGUAUACUGUACAUGUAUUUGUAUACUGUACAUGUACAGUAUUUGUCUGCUGUACAUGUAUUUGUAUACUGUACAUGUAUUUGUAUACUGUACAUGCUCAACAUCAUGAAUGAGGCUGUACCACAUUCUGUUUCAUAUUCUCUGCAAGCAGACGUGAUGUGAAGAACCAAAUAAUAAAAGUGGUUUCAACCUGGAACCAAACAAGAGUGUUGAUGCCUGUUUACAUGGGACGGUAUCCAGGGUAUCCACAAUGCUGUUGUGACCUGACCCCUUUGCAAAGGUAACACACUGCUCACCUUCUAUGUAUUCUCUUUCUUAGUUAGGAUAGAAUGUUUUCCACCAACGGGUGUUACAUGAAAAGGAUUUCCAGCACAAACAAUGACGCCUUCCCUUUGUGAUAUAAUGUUGUCAAAUGCAUGCAAGGUGUUGUUAUGCUGAAUGAAUGAAUGAGUCAACUUGACUGCCAAGAUGGAGGAUUAUAUGUCAACGCUAUCAGGACUUCCCCAAAAGUUCCCACAUUUACUGUAAAUUUCAUAUUUUCUGUGACAAUUUUUCCAUUGAAAAUGAAUGGACAACUUAUUUGGCACCCCCUACUGGUGGGAAAUCAUACAACAUUUGUCAUGACUGUAACAUUCCAGUUGUUCUGCAGGGUGACAUGGCUCAGGGGACACUGGUUGUCCUCCAACCUGAUGGUUGCUGGUUCGAUCCUGCUUUAAUCAUUCAACUUAUUUAGACAUUUCCACAUUCAAUUUGCUUUUUUACUUGCCAACAUUUAAAAUGCCACCAUUUUUAGUCUGUAGGCUAUCUAUCGAGACGUUUGUAAAAAAUCCCAACAUUUUCUAUAGUUCAAUAUUUUCUGUGACAUUUUCCCCUUUGAAAUGAAUGGACAAUUUAUUUGGCACCCCCUCUCUGGUGGAAAAUCAUUUUCCAUUGUUCGUCACAAUAAUAUUAUGCUAAUUUUUUAAUUACUGUAACAUUCCUUUUAUUCUACAGGGUGACAUGGCUCAGGAGGUAGAGUGGUCAUCUCUUGAUGGUCUUGAUGGUUGCUAGUUCAAUCCUCCUUUCUGCUGCAAUCAUUCAACUUAAUAUUAAUACCCCCCCUGUAUAAUGAUACUUACUUAUAUUAUACUUAAUUAUACAGGGGGUAGACUGGUUGUCCUCCAACCUGAUGGUUGCUGGUUCGAUCCUGCUUUAAUCAUUCAACUUAUUUAGACAUUUCCACAUUCAAUUUGCUUUUUUACUUGUCAACAUUUAAAAUGCCACCAUUUUUAGUCUGUAGGCUAUCUAUCGAGACGUUUGUAAAAAAUCCCCACAUUUUCUAUAGUUCAAUAUUUUCUGUGACAUUUUCCCCUUUGAAAUGAAUGGACAAUUUAUUUGGCACCCCCUCUCUGGUGGAAAAUCAUUUUCCAUUGUUCGUCACAAUAUUAUUCUGCAAAUUUUUAAAUUACUGUAACAUUCCUUUUAUUCUACAGAGUGACAUGGCUCAGGAGGUAGAGUGGUCAUCUCUUGAUGGUUGCUGGUUCAAUCCUCCUUUCUGCUGCAAUCAUUCAUCUUAAUAUUAAUACCCCCCCUGUAUAAUGAUACUUACUUAUAUUAUACUUAACUAUACAGGGGGUAGACUGGUUGUCCUCCAACCUGAUGGUUGCUGGUUUGAUCCUGCUUUAAUCAUUCAACUUAUUUAGACAUUUCCACAUUCAAUUUUCAUUUUUACUUUCCAACAUUUAAAAUUCCACCAUUUUUAGUCAGCUCAUUCUGGACAUGUAGGCUAUCCAUCAGGGCUGUUCUAAAAAUUCUCACAUUUUCCAUAUUUCAAUAUUUCCUGUGACAUUUUUCUGCAUUGAAAUGUACGGACAAUUUUAUUGGCAGCCCCCUGCUGGUGGAAAAUCAUUUUCCAUUUUCCGUCACAAUAACAUUCUGCUUAUUCUACAGCAGGGGUGUCCAAACUUUUUCCAGCCACAUACUGAAAACUGAAAAGCUGCAAAGGCCACUUUGAUAUUUUGUAAGCCAACACAUGGAGCUAUGCUAAGAAGCUGCAGUGUACGUAGCUCAAGAAAAAGCUGCAUUUCACCUUUUGUAAUUUGGUGAAAUGCAACUGAAAAUGACAUGAUAAUACAAAAUGAAAAUUGCGAAACUGCGAAAAAUUGUAAAAUUGCGACUUUUGUUCUUUAUUCGAUUACUUUUUUUCUUUUCUUUUUUCUUCUUUUUCUAUAUUUUGACUUUAUUCCUCUAAAAUUACAGCAGUUUUUUCCAUUUCUGCUGUUUUGUUGUUUUUUUUAAUUUUCCAACUAUUUCUUUUAAGCUUUCCUCUUGUAAUUUUCUUCUUGUAAUUAGAACGUUA